AUGUCUUCUGCAACAGAGACACGCCCUGUUAGGGUCGCCAACUGCUCUGGAUAUCAUGGCGAUCCCGUGUAUGAAAUGUACCGACAGGCAACAUUGGGAGAUGUUGAUUUUAUAACGGGUGAUUAUCUUGCAGAAGUCAAUCUUGCGAACAAUGCCCAGGCAUGGCGAGAAGGAAAGCAUCCUGGAUAUGAAGCUACUGCCUGGGAAGGACUUCAGCAGACCAUCGAAGUGAUUGCGCAGAAGCGUAUCCGAGUGGUCAUCAACGGUGGUGCUUUGGAUCCUAAAGCUCUUGCACUGAAGAUCCAGGCUCUGGUCUCUGAGAAAAAGCUUGAUCUCCGUGUUGCGUACCUCUCAGGCGAUGACUUGUAUGACCGUGUUGGGCCAAACAUGCCAGCUACUAAAGAAGAGCUGACCCAUCUUGACGCGGGGAACUCAGAUGUGGUGCCUUCAGAUCUCACUUACGCAUUCCUGAACACACCAGACGGGAAGCCAGUCCCAAUGGUAUCUGCACAUGCAUACUUGGGUGCCCGUGGUAUCGUGGAUGGCCUGCGCCGAGGCGCCGAUAUCAUCAUCUGUGGCCGCGUUGCGGACGCUAGCCCUGUUAUCGCUGCAGCAUGGUACUGGCAUAACUGGUCAGAGAAAGACUACGACAAGCUUGCCGGAUCGCUGAUUGCUGGUCAUUUGAUCGAGUGUUCUGCGUAUGUGACUGGUGCCAAUUUUGCUGGGUUUGAAAGAUACCCUCUGGAUGAUCUUGUUGCUCCAGGGUUUCCUAUCGCUGAGAUUGCUGCGGAUGGCACAUGCGUUAUCACGAAGCACCCAAACACCCAGGGUAUCGUGAACUCGGAGACUGUUUGCAGUCAAUUCCUGUAUGAACUGCAGGGGAAUAUCUAUCUCAAUAGUGACGUGAGUGCUUAUAUCGGCGAUGUUGCGGUCAAAGACGUGGGGAAAGAUAGGGUGUAUGUGUCGGGUAUUCGAGGAUCACCUCCACCCCCGACGACCAAGCUUGCUGUCUUCUACCGAGGAGGAUACGAAGCCCAACUUCUGCUCAAUGCAACUGGGUAUGCUACGGAUAAGAAGUGGGAUCUUUUUGAGCGGCAGAUGCGUCAUUUUCUUCCUGAAGAAGUCAAGAAAAGUUUGGAGACUUUGGAGUUUCAGAGAAUUGGAACACCUGCAGCCAACCCAGCCUUCCAGGCCGAAAGUACUACAUAUCUGCGUGUAUUCGUGGCAUCGCAGUUAGAAAGCGCUGUUCUGGCUGUAGCAAAGGCUCUGAAGGAUAUCUCUCUCAAGCAUUUCUCCGCCCUUCCCCUACCGUUCCUCGCCUACUACCCAGCACUGAUAAAGCAAUCCGAGAUUCACGAGACAAUAAAUCUGAUAGACACAUCCAACAACAUCAGCUCAUAUGAUACCGGCCAUCCCCCACAAUAUCAAGACCUCAAGCCCCGGGAGAAUUACGACCCAGCAGAACCACAAGUGUUCAAAAGUCCCACUAAGAAACUCCGCUUGGGAGACAUUGCUCUCGGACGUUCAGGCGAUAAGGGCGGAAAUCUUAACUGUGGGCUUUUCGUCACGAACCCCAAGCACUGGGCCUGGCUUCGAUCAUAUUUGACCAGAGAUCGAAUGCGAGAGCUCAUCGGUAAGGAUUGGAAUGAUAGCUUCUUCAUUGAGCGCGUCGAGUUUCCGAAUAUCAUGGCUGUGCACUUUGUCAUCUAUGGGAUUCUGGGACGGGGCGUGAGUAGUUCGAGUAGGCUUGAUGGGUUUGGGAAGGGGUUUGUUGACUAUAUCCGGGACAAGGUGGUGGAUGUUCCUGUGGAGAUUUUGGGAUGA